UCAGCAUAAAGCUAGCUACGUAUUAAAAUAUACACUAUCCUUGCUGCGUUUGGUAAGCUAUUAGUCUCCCGCAGUAGUAACGCUAAUGUUAAUCAAAUCUGGAAUAGGCACUUUGUUUUUCCAAAUGUUCUCCGUCAGCGCCUUUGCUUCUGCAUGUCAACAAGUUCUGUAAUUCAACUAACCUACGAUGUGUAAUGUACUGUAAACUGUCAGUUGUGUUUCACAGCUCAGCUUGACCUCUGGCUUUUCCUAUUCGUGAUUGACAUUACCCUCUUUUGAGGUGUCACAAGUGGUUGGCGCUUUGAAGAUAAAGCCUCCCCAACCCAGGACGUUCAUGCGUGGGGUAUCUAUCUUUCCUCUUGGGCUGCACACAACUUCUUGCUGACAUUUGAUGCAAUGUUUUGCUUUUAUUAAACUGUGACUGAAGUGGGUAAUUAGUCUUGUAUCAUUGAAUGUUAUGUGUCUUUGGUCUGUCCCACAGAUGCAAACUGUGACUUUAAUCCCUGGGGAUGGAAUUGGUCCAGAGAUCUCCACUGCUGUCAUGAAGAUAUUUGAAGUUGCUAAAGCACCUAUUCAGUGGGAGGAGAGAAAUGUUACAGCCAUCCAGGGACCUGGUGGCAAGUGGAUGAUCCCUCCUGAUGCCAAAGAAUCCAUGGACAGGAACAAAAUUGGCCUAAAAGGUCCUUUGAAGACACCAAUAGCUGCUGGCCAUCCCUCUAUGAACCUCCUGCUGAGGAAAACCUUUGACCUCUAUGCCAAUGUGCGCCCCUGUGUGUCCAUUGAGGGCUAUCAGACUCCCUACUCUGACGUGAACUUGGUCACCAUCAGGGAGAACACAGAGGGAGAAUACAGUGGGAUUGAACAUGUGAUUGUUGAUGGGGUUGUACAGAGUAUUAAGCUCAUUACAGAGCAAGCCAGCCAACGCAUCGCAGAGUAUGCUUUUGAAUAUGCCAAAAAUAAUCAGAGGGCCAGUGUUACUGCUGUGCAUAAGGCCAAUAUUAUGCGCAUGUCUGAUGGCCUUUUCCUACGAAAAUGCAGAGAGGCUGCUGAAAAGCACAAGGAUGUGAAGUUCAAUGAGAUGUACUUGGAUACUGUGUGCCUUAAUAUGGUACAGGAUCCCACACAGUUUGAUGUAUUGCUGAUGCCGAAUUUGUAUGGAGACAUCUUGAGUGAUCUUUGUGCUGGACUAAUUGGAGGUCUUGGAGUAACUCCUAGUGGAAACAUUGGUGCUCAUGGUGUUGCCAUAUUUGAGUCGGUUCAUGGAACUGCCCCGGAUAUAGCAGGAAAAGACAUGGCCAACCCCACCGCCUUGCUGCUCAGUGCUGUCAUGAUGCUGAGGCACAUGGGCCUGCAUGGCCACGGCCAGACGAUUGAGACCGCCUGCUUUGACGUCAUUCGAGAGAAAAAGGUUCUAACCAAAGACCUGGGAGGAAACUCAAAGUGCUCAGAAUUCACAGAAGCAAUAUGUGAACGAGUGCGGCAUCUGGUUUGAUAAGACCACGAGUGAUAUGCCACAGUCACUUUAUUUCAUGUCAAGUUGUAACUGCACAUUUUAAACCAUGAUAUGUAUUGUAAAAAAAACUCUGGGAUUAGAAAUUCCAAAUGUGUUAUUAUUCUUGAGCAACACACUAUAUAUGUGAUAUGCAUUUUAUUCCUGGAUUCUUUAAUCUGUGGUGGAUAUUGUCUAUUUAUUGUCUGAAUAAUUCCAACUAUUAUGUAGUAUGUAAGUGACUUUUAUUUUGACCAAAGACGCAAUCUGUAACCACCAUGAAAACUUGAGGAAAUGUCAAGGGGUUAAACCCUUCAAUUAUGUUUGUGGAUAUAUUUCAUAUUAAUUUAUGAAAACAUUUUUGAUUAAGCUUUAAUGAGUUAGACAUUCACAGUUAAUGAUUAUAGUUAUCUCUAUUAUAUAUGUUUGCACUUAAGUGUUCAUAUUAUACUGUUGUCUUACUGUAAAUAUAAUUAAUUUGUAAAGAAAAAGGAAAAUUACAAUGCCAUCAGAAAUGAUGAAUGACUUUACUCAGUGUUUUGCAACAUUAUUUGUGGGUGUCAUAAACCAUCUCAGCUGCUAUGACGUUGACUCCUGUGUGACGACAUUCCUGGUGGAAGUUAUGUCCAUGUUAAGUUUUUAUCCAAAUUGGUAUAAACCCUCUACUGAUUACCACUUUUUUUUUUUUUUUAAUACUAUAGAUCCUAUCAUGCAAGUAACUGGUAUGAUUUCAAAACGUUAUAAAUAAAUUGUUUACCAGAAACUAAAAAGAAAUGGCUCUGUAGAAGAGAUGUAUCAAAAUAGUGUUUUCAGUAUAAAAUGUGGUUCCUGUAUUUAUGCAUUUUUAACAAAAGCCACAGAAAUGAUUAAAUGCCAUGCAGGAUGUGAUUUUCAUAACUCAUUCUAUAGGAACUUGACUUGACUCCUAAUGGAGGCUCUCUAUGACCUCGUGGUACAUCUCCAACACAACAGGGCAACAGAGCUUCAUUGCGCAAUAGUUUGCUGCAUUCCUUAAAAUUACAUGGCUUUGAAUAGAUAGAGAAUAAUCUAUUUCGUACAUAAUGUUGUCUAUUGAUUCAUGCUCAGCCAAACUUACUCGUCUCUUCUCCAGAAACAAGUCUUUUCUUAGAAUCAUUCCCUUUUGUAUGUGUUGGGCACGAGAGGUGGCUGCAGCGUUGACUUCUUUGUCCUUUCCCCCGAUGACGUCAGACACCUUGGUUGCUUGGAUGCCGAGCUGUCGGCGAAGCUGCACGGCCUCCAUGCUCAGCUCCUCUGUUGGCUCCAUGGUUUCUGUGUUGCUACAACACUAGAACACAGAGUUCAUAUAUAUUUCCUCAUGAAUAAUUGCAGUUAGCCUUUUAAAACCAUUUAAUUUCAUUGCUUCAUUUCAAAUAUACCUCCUGGUUUGUUACAAAUCUAAAAACAUGAAGAUAAAACUAAAAAUGUUAAUGUAUGCCUGUAAAUUACAGUCAAAUAUAGUUAUAUUACAUGACUUCAAGUGGGAUAUCUUUAAUGUCAUGAUUGCAGUAUAUCAUUUUCCAUUAUCUGGAAAAUGAGGCACAUUACCUUCAGUGGUAAAAGCAUUGACAAGCGUCUUGUCCCCAAUUAGCAGGGCAUUGCUGAUGAUAGCUCUUUUUUCACCGCUUCCUCGAGGGGAACAUCGGAGACAUUCUCCCCUCCAGCUGUGAUCGUCACCUCUGGAUGAAGAGAGAGACAGGUCACCCUGACAUUACAUGACUCAUAACAAUACUAGAGCUGCGUGUUCUGUUCAGAUCAGCAUGGACUCGGGUGUGGGUAAUGUACACAAUGUGAGCUGGUGAUCUAAGAAGAGCCAUUUUCUAACAAUAGCUUAAUUUGCUCUGAUUAUUAUCCAUUUUCUUCUCACUGUGAUGUAAAAUAAAUCUUCUCCAGUAUGGAGCCAUCCGUCUUCAUCCAAAGCUA